UGACCCUUGAGAUAAACAAACAUCGCAAUGGAAAUCUGAUCACCAGAAUUUUAAGAAUACGAGUGACAGUGUUGGAAAUUUUUUUAGUGUAUUUCCUUCACACGUUUUCUUACUCAUUAUAUAACCAUGUUCAAGAAGAAAGAUGAAAACCAGGACAUGGUCCAUCAUACUAAUAUUAAAAGAGGAAUCACAGCACAUUUUGCCAAGACUUUGAAAAUCUUACAGCAGAAGUACUUACAGUCAGACAAUGCUGAGUUUAUUUACAGCAAUGAUUCGUCCAAUAACUUGUGCAACUCACUAGAGGCUGUUUUCUUGCAUGGUCUCAAGGAUUCAGUAACUCAGAAGUUGACUGCCUAUGUUGGACUGGCACCAACAGCCCCAGUUGCUCAACAAAAUUUGAAUUUCUGGAGCGUGGCUGCCAAGUUUACACACAAGGAUGUGGUCACACAGCUGCAAGCUUUGUCUCAGAUCAGCACGGAGAUUGGUUGGUGUAGGGCUUGGGUUCGUUUAGCUUUAAAUGAUGGCCUAAUGCAGAGCUACAUCCAUUCUAUGAUUGCUGAUGUUAAGACACUUAGAUAUUUUUAUCAUUCCUACUCCUACCUCAGAGACUUUGAGCAGCCUGGGAUAUUAAACAAUCUUCUAACAGGCCUGAUGAGUCUAGACUUUAAGAUGUCUCUCAACUCCAGUGUCUUGAACAGCUGGACAAAUGGCACCCUACAGCUGGUUGGUGCUUUAGACUCCCAGACUGUCCCCCCUCCGUCAAUCAGUCAAGUUCUUGCUACACCGAGUCAAGUACAGCAUUCACAAAGUCAAGUACAGCAUUCACAAAGACAAGUCCAGCAUUCACAAAGUCAAGUCCAGCAUUUACAAAAUGACAAACAUUCACAAGGGGAGAGAAACUCAGUGAGGCUGGUACAGGAUGUAGCACCCACCCAACCAGUAGGUGAAAUACGGGAGAGUUCUAUCUUUGGAAACCUAAAAGAUUUUGAAGACCUUCACAACACAGUUAGUGCCCUUUCCCAGUCUGAGGGGUCUACGUGUUCCCACGUAUCAUGCCCAGACCCAGGCCCGUAUGUGUUUAGCCAAGCUUUCACCAGCACGUACGAGUCACGUUCCAGAGAGGCAUCAUCCACCCCUCCCCUGUUGGAGGUAAAAGAUUGCGGUAAAGAAUCCACUAGCUCCAUCAAGGAAAAUGUCAACAUUUCCCCAAUACCUGAACCAGCAAGCAGUGAGUGGGACUACAAGAUCACCCCAGCAACUGGCCCAGGACCUGACGAGACACACGAGGUAGAGAUGAGGGGUAAAUCCCAUGUUGUACUUGACGACCCCAACUUAACAGAGAUAGCAGCAUCCCCUAGUAGACCCAGGAGUCGAAGAGUUAGUGAGGACGAUCUCGUCCACCUCUCUCCGACCCGACCUUCACCUUCGUACAUGGAUGAACUGACCAGCAGGCUGUCUUUAACCAAGAGCCCACAAAGAAAUUCCCACGUGGAAGAAAUAAAAUCCCCAAGCGUUAGUUCCCCAAAUUCUUUACCAAACUCUGAAAGUGGGCAUCAACCAUCCGUCACCGCUGAUGUUAAAGACAAACCCAGACUGAGAAACUACGAAGAAAUUUGUGCAUCACUCCCACCUUUAAAGCUGAGCGAGGUUGAGCAAGAAGCAAUUUUACACAGAGUCUUGCAUGAGAUUGACAGACAAGCGGACAAGGACAGGGAGCUAAGGGAAACCACUGCUGUUGAGCAGGCUCAGAAGGUGGUCUACCCUAAUAGUCAUAUCAAUAAAGUUGUUCCCCUUGAGGAUAGUGUAGCCUGGGUGGCCAGUGAUAUCAACACACACUUGAAAACACAAGCCAAACACAGUGAUACCAAAUCUAGUGUACAGAAAACUUCACUGGUUAAACCAGAUAAAAAUAAGGAUAACUCUGAUCUUCUCCAAGAAGGGAGACAAAUCCCUGAUCUUAACAAGGAAGAGACUGGCAAACCUCACCAGGAUGCUAGCAUAGAGAUGUCUGGUGGUUUUGAAACAGGUGACAGACCAUCAGAGGGGAAACUAGAGCCAGUGCAGAUCCCAUCCAAUACAAACCAAACAGAAAAUGAAGCCAACGACUACUCCUCUGGUAGAUUUGGCAACAGCUUAAGUGGCAUGUCAGGCUGGUCCUCAGAGUUUGAUGCUAAAAGUGAGAAGAAAAAUUCUGAGCUAGAGAGCUCCAGAGGAGAGAGUUUUGCAUCCAUGCUGCGCACGUACGCGCCCGCGUCUGAGGAGUCUAACAAAGUCGUAACGCUGGACCAGUUUCUGGGGACCCUGCGAGGGGAUGAGGAGGAGGAAGUGUUGAGUAAUCCUGGAUCAGAGCGGAACUCUUCCAGGGCAGAGGAAGAAUUGCAGCGCCAAGACUCAUGUCUGGCAGACUUUGAAGUCCUGCAGCCAACAACUGAAUGCUUCCAUGGCCAGGUAGAGGCUAAUUGUUCUCGGAUGAUUUUCCUGUUUCGCAUUCCAAGGGAGCUGGGACUCAGCCAUCAGAAUUUUACCUGCCGUGGCUGUGCCUGUCCUAUUGGAAUCAUUUAUGGCCAGCCCCGUAUGUGUGAAUUUGAUGGUGGACUGUACUGCACUGAGUGUCAUGACAACAACGAGACUUACCUCCCUUCCUCCAUUAUUUUUAACUGGGACUUUAGGAAGAAAAAAGUUAGCAAUGAAAACUUCAAGUUUCUUCAAGAGCUAGAGGACCAGGCAGUCUACGAUGUAGAGCAGCUUAAUCCUAAGCUCUACAACCAUGUUCCAGAGCUAAUGGAGCUCAAACUACUGAGGGUCCAGCUUUGCUACCUGAGAUCUUACCUGUUCACCUGCUCACAGAAAGUUGCGGAAACCUUGCGACAGAAAGUUUGGCCUAGAGAACACUUGUAUGACCAUCGGGACGUCUACUCACUUACAGAUUUUCUCCAAGUACCAACCAGCUCCCUACACAAGCUACUGAAGGAGUUAAUCAAGUUUGCCACCCUGCAUGUGUAUGACUGUCUGCUCUGUAGCCAGAAGGGUUUUGUCUGUGAGAUUUGUCGCAACCCCAAAGUCAUUUAUCCAUUUGAGACUGACUCAACAAUCAGGUGCAAGGUUUGUAAAGCUGUGUACCAUAAGACCUGCAUGACAGAAAACUUGCCUUGUCCAAAAUGUGAGAGAUGGGGGCGGAGACACAGUAGCAGCAACAACAUGGGAGACCACCCAGAGGACUAUGGGAUGUCCCCACCACUAUCAUGAUAUGGGAGA